UACAACUUAAACGUUACCUUUUAUGUCCUCCGGUUGCAAAACUCAUUAAAAGAUAUUUUACCUACGACUGCAUGGAACCUAACUACACUCAAUAUUUUAAGUAAUCCCAUAGAGCAAGUACCUGAAGACUUUUUUCAAGUUAAAGCACCAAAUAUGAAAUAUUUAAUGAUGGCACACUGUCAAAUUCGUGAUUUUAAUAUGAGCCAUUAUAAAAAUUUGCUACAUCUUCAAGGACUUGAUCUCCGUUAUAACAAGAUAGAAGUAAUACCUAAUCGGAGAAUAGCAUUCAGGCUGCUAGGGCAUUUAUUGCUUGAUGGAAAUCUAAUACGAGAAAUUAAAGGUAAACUUUCCUAUUUUUUUUCUUUUUAACUUUUACAACUUAAACGUUACCUUUUAUGUCCUCCGGUUGCAAAACUCAUUAAAAGAUAUUUUACCUACGACUGCAUGGAACCUAACUACACUCAAUAUUUUAAGUAAUCCCAUAGAGCAAGUACCUGAAGACUUUUUUCAAGUUAAAGCACCAAAUAUGAAAUAUUUAAUGAUGGCACACUGUCAAAUUCGUGAUUUUAAUAUGAGCCAUUAUAAAAAUUUGCUACAUCUUCAAGGACUUGAUCUCCGUUAUAACAAGAUAGAAGUAAUACCUAAUCGGAGAAUAGCAUUCAGGCUGCUAGGGCAUUUAUUGCUUGAUGGAAAUCUAAUACGAGAAAUUAAAGGUAAACUUUCCUAUUUUUUUUCUUUUUAACUUUUACAACUUAAACGUUACCUUUUAUGUCCUCCGGUUGCAAAACUCAUUAAAAGAUAUUUUACCUACGACUGCAUGGAACCUAACUACACUCAAUAUUUUAAGUAAUCCCAUAGAGCAAGUACCUGAAGACUUUUUUCAAGUUAAAGCACCAAAUAUGAAAUAUUUAAUGAUGGCACACUGUCAAAUUCGUGAUUUUAAUAUGAGCCAUUAUAAAAAUUUGCUACAUCUUCAAGGACUUGAUCUCCGUUAUAACAAGAUAGAAGUAAUACCUAAUCGGAGAAUAGCAUUCAGGCUGCUAGGGCAUUUAUUGCUUGAUGGAAAUCUAAUACGAGAAAUUAAAGGUAAACUUUCCUAUUUUUUUUCUUUUUAACUUUUACAACUUAAACGUUACCUUUUAUGUCCUCCGGUUGCAAAACUCAUUAAAAGAUAUUUUACCUACGACUGCAUGGAACCUAACUACACUCAAUAUUUUAAGUAAUCCCAUAGAGCAAGUACCUGAAGACUUUUUUCAAGUUAAAGCACCAAAUAUGAAAUAUUUAAUGAUGGCACACUGUCAAAUUCGUGAUUUUAAUAUGAGCCAUUAUAAAAAUUUGCUACAUCUUCAAGGACUUGAUCUCCGUUAUAACAAGAUAGAAGUAAUACCUAAUCGGAGAAUAGCAUUCAGGCUGCUAGGGCAUUUAUUGCUUGAUGGAAAUCUAAUACGAGAAAUUAAAGCUUCCAAGACCCAUUUGGCAACAUUAAACCUAUUCAACAACCGUUUACUAAGCUUGGGUACAGUUUUACGUUUCGGCCAAGUGAGAUACGUACAUGUGGCAAAGAAUGAAAUUCAGCAGCUGACAGCAUGGGACUUUAAAGGCCUCAAAGAAUUGUUUGAACUUGAGGCUCAGAAAAAUCAAAUCAAAAUGAUUGAACGUUUGACGUUUGCAGGCAACCGCAACGAACUCAUAAUUCUAGAUCUCAGCCAUAACCAUCUAAGGACACUGAAUGGCAGUUUUCAAUAUUUGUCAGAGUUGCGAGAGUUGUACCUUGCAUCGAACUUCAUUAGUGUGUUUGAAAAGGGGGAAUUUUUAGGCCUGAAAAGUUUAUAUUAUUUGGACAUUAAUGGGAAUCGUAUCGUAACAGUUGGAAAUUGUCUUCGACAUUUAUCUCAAUUAAAAUCUCUGUAUUUGAGCAACAACUCAAUUGAAACUCUAAGAAAAGAGCAAAUGCCUGAUCCUCUAGAAUAUGUAGAUUUGAGUGUUAAUCCAUUUCGAUGUGACUGUGAGUUUCUACCUUUUAUCCAAUGGGUCUUCGCCAAUCCAAAAGCUCCUCAUGUGUUUGGAGGCAGAAAAAUCUGUGUACCAGAAUUCCCAAGCGAUAAUCAUCAUUGCCCGUCACAAUGCGAUUGCUACUGUGCAAAUGAUGAUGAAGAGUACUUCAUGGCAGUGGAUUGUAGCUCCAAAAAUAUCUCAAUCAUACCUCAGUUUCUUACAGCUUAUAGUGUAGAGAAUUCACCUCAUUUUAAAAUUAAUUUAACAUUCCGCUUUCAUAUGGUUAGGAAGCAUUAUACCAUUGAUAAAUCUGUUGUAAUUGCUGAUACAGUUGGAGAAAUUAACCUAUCUGACAAUAACUUGGAGUCUUUGACAAAUAUACAAAUACCUAAUGGUCUACGUCGUCUGUUCUUACAUGACAAUAAAUUGAAAACUUUGCCAAGUUCGUUACUAGCAGAUUUUUCAAGACUUCACCUAGUGUCGGUUUUUAGCAAUCCAUGGAGAUGUGAUUGUCAUGCCAUUGACUUUCGAAGAUGGAUUGUUACAAAUCAUGAAAAAAUUAAAAAUGUGAAUCAAACACUGUGUGGCAAUGUUGGGGAGUCGGGAGAAUAUUUGCUGAAGGGAAAAGCUAUAUGGACGCUAGAUGAAACGGAUAUAUGCCAAACCUUUAUAGAAUUAUAUUUUUCGGUUGCUUUUGGAUUUAUUGCUUUCUUCUUGAUCAUCACUGUUUUGAAGAUAGUGCAUACAAGGUAUAAAAUGAACAUCAAUGCUUGGCUCUAUGCACAUGGAGUCAUAUGGGUAAAGGAAAAAGAUAUCGACAGGGAUAAAAUUUUCGACGCAUUCUUAUCAUUCAGCCAUAAAGAUCAAGAGCUCGUCGUCACGGACAUUAUUUCUGUGAUAGAAGUCAAACAGCCUAUGACCAGACUGUGUCUUCAUUACAAGCACUUCAAAGCUGGGGAUUUCAUUGACCAAAAUAUUUUUAAUGCUGUUCAAAACUCGAAAAGGACUGUUAUCAUGCUCUCAAAGAACUUCCUGGAAAGCGAGUGGUGCAUAUAUGAGUUUCGUGCAGCCCAUUUGCAAGCUCUGAAGGAUAAAAUAAACCGCGUCAUAAUCAUCAAAUUGGGAGAGUUACCUGAUGAUCUCCAUCCUGAUAUCAAAAUGUCUUUAGAAAAUACGACUUAUCUCACUUGGGGUGAGAAAUACUUUUGGGACAAACUCUUCUACGUUCUUCCAACAUCUGGUCAACGACUGUCCAAAACUACUAAAGUUAAAGCUGACAACUAUUUAAUGUUGCAUGAACUGAAGUGAUAGACAAACGUUGACAUGCAAUAAAAGAAAAAAAAUAUUUUAUUAAAAAUACCUUAGUAAUUCAAUGCAUUCAAUGACUGCCUGGUGUGUCUUGCAUAUGAAUAAUAUAAAUAUCGACUUUACAUAUAAAUAUCGACUGAUUGAUAUUAUUGAUUUAAAUUUUGUAGAUCAUUGGACAUGGGUCAUUGAACCUCAUUAUUUAUUUCGAUAAAUGUAUUUCUUUUGAUGAUGCAAUUAUAAUUAUAAUAGAACACUUCGUAGGCAUUUGUUAACUUAUUGAUUUCACUGCUGGUUGCACUCUCUGAGUGUAUAUUUAAUUAAAAAUAUCUCAAAAUA